ACCGUGGGAGCCGCAUUUCCGGUGCCGCUCCAUCUCCUCCUCUCGUUUGUUCCUGGGUCUCGGCCGUGGCCAGCCUCCGGUUGAAAGUCACUUUGAGGAAGUGCCGUUAACGGUCGUUGCCGUUCCAGGGAGGGGGAGAGAGAGAGAGAGAGGGAAGAUAAGAGAAUCAUGUCUGAAGUUGAAGCAAUGAGAAAAAAGCUGGCGGAGUACACAACAGCUCCAUUCGAUGCGAGGUUCCCCAAUCAAAGCCAGGCUAAGAACUGCUAUCAGAACUAUCUUGAUUUCCAUCGCUGUGAGAAAUCCUUGACUGCCAGGGGAAAAGAUACUUAUGUCUGCCAGUGGUAUAAAAGGGUCUACCAAUCCUUAUGUCCUACAUCCUGGGUUGAUCAAUGGGAUGAACAGAGGGAAAACAACUGCUUUCCAGGUAAUAUCUGAUUGCCGUGUGACUGCAAAUUCCGUCCUCCCAUGUGGUGACUGAAGGAUCGUCUGAAGUAUCUGUUUUUUUCACUGGUUGUCCACUUGAGCACCGGACAUCCUUUAACAGUACAGAGUCUUGAAUGUUUCAAGUUCUAAUUAAAGGCAUAAAAUCCA